ACACGAGGUUCGGAACUCACUUGAGAGUGCGUUCUAAGUGUUUGCGUAGAACAUUGAUUAUAUUUUUUUCCUCAUUAGCUGCUAGUCCUGAUCAGUGAUCUUUACACUAAUCUAAUAUGACAACAACUGAAGAAACCCUGGCAGAGUAUGAAAAAAUGUUUGCAAAGCGUUUCACGGUUGAAGAUGAGGAGUUCAUGAAGACAGUAAACAAGACUCAGGCUUCCCCUCCAUGUCUAACCGACUGGCUAAACUCUGGAUACAGGGAAAGCCGCUUUCAAAGCUAUGGUGGUGGCAAUGACAGCAGAAGCUAUGAAAGGUCCAGACAUGAUGGUGGACGUGACCAUGGCAGACGACAUGGUGAGCAUGGAGAUCGUCAUGUAGGAGACAGACAUGAUUCAUAUCAUCACAGAGAUGGUGACAGAUAUGGAGGUCGUUAUAGAGAUGACCGUGGUCACAGAGCUUACAAUGAUCGUCAGAAACCUGCAACAGAAUAUGGAUCUCGUGGAUACUAUGAGUUUUUCUAUUGAUUAAAGAUUCAAUUUCAGUAGCAACACUUCCAUUGAAGUACAAAAGAAACUGUGUUAUAAAAAUGUAUAAGCUGGCUGUUAAUCUGUUCACAGAACUCCUCUUUUAACUUAGAUUAUCAUUCAAAGUGUUUCUUAUAUUUUUUUUUUCCUGCUGAAUUAUUAUUCUCUCUCUCUUCAAGCUCAUUCUUGCAGACUUGCUUUGCUUUUGCUUGCUUAGGUUGGAAAAUAUGAACAGCUGUAGACAGGCUAGUUACCUACUUUGAUGUCAUUACAAGACUUUACCAAACAAAGGCUGUGCGGCACCAUCAGUUAAAAUUCAGUGAAAUUAUAGAGAAUUUAGUAUAAAACUGUCUUUGUUUAGUUUGAUUUAAAACAAAGAACAUGCCCAGAUAGCUGAGCACAAACUUAAGAGUUGUAUGAUUGGACACAACCUUUUGUUCACUUGACUUGGAAGCUAUCAACUGGGAUCACCCUCCAAGUACAGUAGGUGCUGUGACAUUGAUUGACUUGUGAGGUAAACACUCAGUAACUUAAGCAUGUUACUAAAUAUUGAUGGAAAUCUUGCUUCUUUACUCUUGUACAUGUAGUUCAAUCACAUUGGAUCCCUGGUAAUUCAGCACUGUGUAUGUGUAUGUUUUGUUUUGUUUUUUUUUACCUUGUAUCAUAAGUUCUUCCUUCAUUAAGCAAUAAAUUAUUGUCAGAGAA